AGCAACUUGUUCGAGCAAGUGGCAAUGACGCCGUCUUUUGUCACUGUUUGUGUUGACCGACUCGCCAUCACGCUGCCAUGAUCAUCACAUCUGCAUCCUUCCACCUCGACAUCCACUCCGCGCCACGACAAUGUACCAGACCUUCACCGGAUCAGCUCGCCGCCGCCCGCAGGUCAACUUGUCCGGACGGGGCACGAACCCCUUUGCCCAGGCAAAUGGCACCGGCGGAGGCGCUCAGGCUGCCGUAGCUUCAGCACAGCAGGAUCGAGCCCACCGAGCGGCACAGCGAGAACGAGCCCAGGCUUCAUCGCGAAUCCAGAGAACUUGGCGUGGUCACCGCGCUCGCAGACGGACCUUUGACUUGUGGCGAGCAGUGUGGGAUGAGCGGGAGGAGCGAGCGACGGGCCCGUACACAUCAGAGGAGGAGGCCCUGCAACAGCUUCGGAGGCUGAUGCUGUUCUAUACGCCACGCAGGGAAGCGAGCGAUGUCACGCGCCUGGCAUGGUAUGGCACGAGGCAGAUCACCACGAGUGAGACUGUGCCAUGUCGUGGCGGGCCAUGGCCUGCAGCAUAUGCAAUGCUCCGGAGAGCAUGCCUAGCGGCCCUGCGCGUUAAAAGCCAGCCCAACAGCGACUCCCACCGCACCAUUUUAGGCAUAUUGGCAUUUGCCGCCAGGCAAUCCACCUUUGAUGUGAAGUCGGCGACCGAGUACUACGAAGUCCUCACGACAGUGCGGGAUCUCCCGACAGAGCCAUUGCAGGCUGCUUUGUUGGCGCCACUCCAAUCGACCGCUGCCUAUGCUGGCCUGGUCGUCCUGUUGGAGCAUCCCCAAGACCCGGAAAUGCUAGAGCUACUAUCGAAUGCUGUGCAGGUCGAUACCCUUUCCGAGGCUGUUGCGCAGCUUGCAACCUUGCGCGAGACAAACACUCGUGCUCGACUGUGGCUCCUGGGCAACGUCAUCUACCUUGCGAAGCACUCCCGGAGUAUGGCUUUCACAUCUGCUGUUUCUCAGCUGCUCGGAAGUCUAGCCGACGAGAUUGAAUUUGAACGACAUCCUGUGAAUCUCGAUAACCGCUCCUUUGACGAAUUUCUUGCUACCGCGGGUGUCGCUCCUCUGAAUACAUUCCUCCACACACAGGUGGCUUCAUUGCUAGAUCAACAUUCGAUUCGUGAUCUUCUUGUUGGCGCGAAGACCGGAGCUGGUGAUGCUCAGACUCUCGCCGGGUAUGCCCUGACUCUGUUGCGCUGCUUCCCUCGUCAAGGAGACAACAUCCGGAUGUGGCUACAUCUUGGUCCCGCACAUGUGGACACCAUAUCGCCUACCAGAUAUCUGUGGAACGCUACCAAGCAAAGAGAUGUGUUUCAUCAAAUUCGAAUGAAUUCGAGGGGAGUUGUACCACUUCUAAAGAACACACAGCCGUCUAGCCGAGAACGUGAUGACUGGACUAUAGUAUUGGUCUUCUUAGAGAUGUUCUCUUUUGAUUUGAAGAUCAUGGAUGACGAGGAGUUCAUGGGCAAAAGUCCUGUCACGAAGCGUAACAGCGCUGUACCGAGCGAGGAUGUUGCCUACCUAGUAACCUUUUGCAAGAACUUGGGGUUUGCUUUGUACUACGAUGCUGCUGAGCUCAAUGAAACUAAAGCUGCGCCUCCUCCCCAGCUUUUCCCUUCUCGCUUCAAGAGUACAGAAACAUCUGUGGUGGAGGAUACCAAGCCUUCGACUGUGGCUGGGCUACCUGGACUUACCUUCGAUUACUUACGAGGACUGAUUACGGCAUUACUGCGUGCCAUUUAUGAACGAGACUCCCGCCGCAAAUUUCUGCCAAAAGAUCACUGGCUGAUGACCGAUCGCUUCGACAUGACGCAUUUCAUAGGAGGUGUCGUCGAGGAAGAAGAACGCCGCCACAUGGUGCAAGAGCAAGAUGACGAGGAUCGGAGUGGUGAAUCCAACGACGACUUUGAUGAAGAAUCCGAUUCAGAUACUGCAAACAGAGCCACAGACCGCGCCAGUGUGCUUCGCGCCCAAGAACGUCGCCAACGGCAGCAGAGAAAGGCCAGCAGGCAGCGCUAUCUGCAGUCUGUGGCGCCCAAGCUGGAAAUCCUUCAGAACAUGCCUUUCAUCAUUCCCUUCCACACCCGAGUCGAGACCUUUAGACAGUUUGUUUAUCUUGAUCAAGAGAAGCGACGUCAGGGCAUCGUGGAUCCCGAUCUUUGGAGACAUAACUUGAUGUUCCAGCCUCAUGCUAAUGGUCGGUCACCCCAGGAAAUGCUGGAUAGGCAUCACGCCACAAUUAGGCGAAGGCACCUGUUCUACGACGCUUUUGAGCACUUUUAUAAGAUCGGUGCCGAUCUCAAGGAACCUAUACAAAUUACAUUUGUGGACAAAUGGAACAUGAAAGAGGCGGGCAUUGAUGGAGGAGGCGUCACGAAAGAAUUUCUCACCUCAGUCAUCAAUGAAGCAAUGGACCCACAGUGCAAUAAAGAGUGGCCCCCAUUUUUCACUGCGAAUGACGAACAUCUGCUCCAUCCUAAUCCGGUGGCUUUUGAAGUUUGCAGAUUGAGACUUCGUGGAGGAGACCAAGAUGAAGUCGUGCGGGAGGAGUUUAGCAUGCUAUCCCAGCAAUACGAGUUCUUAGGAAGGAUUAUUGGCAAAUGUCUAUAUGAGGGAAUACUAGUGGACGUGAGCUUUGCUGGCUUUUUCUUGAAGAAGUGGGCCCUCACAGGUGGUGCAGGCAGCUCUGCGAACGACAACCACUACCGUCCCAACAUCAACGACCUUCGCGAAUUGGAUGAGGGACUAUACAGAGGCUUGCUGGCUGUCAAGAACGCAGAGAAUGCCGAAGAUCUCGGCUUGACGUUCUCGGUCACGGACGAAGUCAUCUACGAUUGCAAAAGGGCGCCUGAUAUCUGGCCAGACGAGAAUGUCCGUGAGUCGCCUCAGCCUGCGCCUGAAGAUCUUGAAAGAGAGGUAUACGAAGUGGAUCUCAUGCCCAACGGAUCCAACAUUCCCGUCACCAAUCAGAAUCGUUUAGCAUAUAUUAAUGCCGUGGCCUCGUAUCGACUCAAGGGCCAGUCCCACCGCCAGACCCGCGCUUUCCUUCGCGGUCUCAGCGACAUCAUUCAAUCCAGCUGGCUUUCCAUGUUCAAUCAAUCCGAACUCCAAACCCUCAUCAGCGGCUCUGGAGCAGGAAUCGACAUUGCAGACCUGAGACGCAACACCCAGUAUGGAGGCACAUACGUUAUCGGCAAUGACGGGCAAGAACAUCCUACCAUUCAGCUCUUCUGGAAGGUGUUUAGUACCAUUGACGAUGCGGAUCGGAGAAAAGUGCUGAAGUUUGUGACUUCUACGCCGAGAGGCCCGCUGCUGGGCUUCAGUCAUUUGAACCCUAGAUUCAGUAUUCGGGAUUCUGGGCCGGAUGAGAACCGGUAUCCGACAACGAGCACUUGCGUGAAUUUGUUGAAGUUGCCCAUGUACAAAAGUGAGGGGGUCUUGAGGGAAAGGUUGCUCGCAGCGGUAAGGAGCGGUGCUGGGUUUGAUUUGUCUUGAUUGACAGUCGGGUAACCCGCUCCGUUGUGACGAUGAUAGGAAACUCUUGUGAACUGGGAUUAGCGUCGGCGUUUGUGGUAGACAUGGAACGAUGGGAGGCGGCAUCGAGUAGAGACAGAUGUUCUGAAUCAACACCAGCUUUCCAGACUGUCGCCCAUAUUUUCCGAUAGUAUCCUUACAAUUGUCGUUGCAUUCUUCCCGGUUGAUAGGUCUCGGAUAUAUUAUAAACAGAGACAAUUCAUUUGUGCUAUUGCGGUUCAGCUAUAGUAGAU